UCAGGUCAGAUCAGUCAUAUUUUGGAAUCAAAGAAAUUUAUUGUACAAAAUCUGGUGUGUGUUCAUUGUAAUAAAAUGAUCAGUUGGUUUAACAUUUGUGCAAUGCUCAUGCUCGUAACGAAAAUCACUCGGCCACUCAUUACAGGUGAAUGGAAUGGAAACCACUAUCCAGCCGGCAUUUGUCGUCCUGAUAAUGUAACGUUAAUCGAAUGCAAUGGUCGUGGAACGUGUGUCGAUGGCAUUUGUGAAUGCAGCAGACAGGCUGAUCAAAAUGAAAUAAUCUACGGCAAAUAUUGCGAGUGUGAUAACUUCUCCUGUCCGCGACAUAAUCAUCUACUGUGCUCGGGUGCAUAUCAUGGCUUAUGUGAUUGUGGCAUAUGUGAAUGUCAACCUGGGUGGAUUGGUGAAGCGUGUGAUUGUCGAAAUUCAACGGAGACUUGCAUGCGUCAUGGUAAAGUGUGUUCUGAUCAUGGAACCUGCGAAUGUGGAGCAUGUCGAUGUAGUGUUACUGAGGAAGGACGCUUUUCGGGAAGAUAUUGUGAAAAAUGUCCAACGUGUGCAGGUCUAUGUCAUGAAUUGAAAGAUUGCGUCCAGUGCCAAACAUACAACACAGGACCACUAGCUGCAUCAGGAUUGUGCGCUAAGAGUUGCACCAAAUUAGAUGCAACCAGAUAUGAUACAAUCGAAGUUCACGAAGAGAAUGACAUGCAUUUGUGUACAUUUUAUGAUGAAGACGAUUGUAGAUUUCAGUUCGUCUAUCAUGAUGAUUAUGAGCAUCGAAGUACUGGUUUUGCGGUAGUGAUGGUGCAAAAAGAUCGACACUGUCCAUCAUUUAUCAAAAGUCAUUGGCUUUUAAUAUUGAGUGUUGUUACAGGAGUUUUAGUGAUUGCUGUAGCAAUGUUUUUGCUUCGAAAUUUUUUUCGUAGACGUUCGAAUGCGUCAAAUAUUUCUUAAGGAAAGUUGACAGUGUCUUUGG